GGCUUAGAUGAGAUCCAAUCACAACAACUUUUGUGUUUUCAUGCAUUCAUGUGCAACUAUCCCAAGAAAGGUUAUGAAGAGAUGUCAUAUAAGCUUGUGAAAUAUUGUUAAGGAAAUACAUUGGAUCUUGUAGUUUUGGGCAAGUCUCUAUAUAAUAGAGGUGUAGCAUAUUGAGAAGGGUGCAUAGACGGGCUAAAGAAAGAAACAAGUUCUCGUGUAAAUAAUGUCUUGAGAAUUAGCUUUGAUUCUUUGCCAUCCAACAAUGAUAAGGAGUUGUUUAAAUAUAUUUCUUGUUUUUUUGUCGGAAUAGAUAGAGAUGUUAGUGAAAUAAUAUUAAUGGCAUGUGAUAUAAUCACAAGAUCUGGAAUCAUGAAUCUCAUUGAUAGAUAUCUUCUUAGUAUAGGAUCGAAUAAUGAAUUGAAGAUGCAUCAGUUGGUUCAAGAGAUGGGAAGAUUCGAAGUACAUCAAGAAUCAUUUAACAAGACAUGGAAGCAAAGUAGAAUAUGGUGUCAUAAUGAGUCAUUCAGAGUGUUGAAACAAAAAAAAGGGUAAGGGAAAUGUUCUAGGCCUUUCCCUUAACAUGCACAUGCUCGAGAAAGAGUAGUUCGGAGCAUCAUUUGAGCUAAAAACAGAUGCUUUGAGUAACAUGGAUAGUCUGAUGCUACUGCAAAUGAAUUAUGUGCACAUGAAUGGGUCUUAUGAGAACUUUCCAGAUGAAUUAAGAGGCUUGUGUAUGCAUGGUUUUCGUUUAAAGUCUAUACCUUUAGAGCUACCAAUGAUGAAUUUGGUUGCUCUUGACUUGUCAUAUAGCUAUAUUGAAUCAUUUGUUGGUUAUUAUAGCAAUACACAUCGACUUGAGAAGAGGCAAAAGUUGGAUGGAUCGUACUUAAAAGCCAACAAGUUGCUUGGAUCAUUGAAGAUUAUUAAUUUAAAUUUUUGUAAACAACUGCAUAGUCUUGGUGACUUUGACCAACUCCCUGCACUCGAGAGGUUAAUAGUUAGAAAUUGCAUUGGUUUGGUUGAGGUUGGUGAAUCAAUUGAGAAAUGUGUUGAACUUGUCUUCGUUGAUCUGAGCAACUGCAAGAAGCUUGAAAAACUUCCAAGAAACAUAGGCAUGUUGAAGAAUGUUAAAACAUUGUUGCUUGAUGGCUAUAAUCUCGGUGAUUCUCAAGUCGAGGGUAGGGAUAUGGUUAUAAACAUACGAACCUCUUCCUCUUACUUUAUGGGUGCUAUAACAAGUGAUUUGAAGUUGUUUACAAUUUCUUUACCAAGAUCUUUAGUAAGGUUGUCACUGGUAAAUAAUAAUUUGUCCACAGAUUGCUUUCCCAUGGAUUUUAGUUGCCUGUCCAUGUUAAAGGAAUUAUAUUUGGAUUACAAUCCUAUAAAUUCCAUGCCCAGUUGUAUGAGAACCAUUCCUAGGCUUGAGAUACUUAGUAUGGCCAGUUGUAAAAAAUUGAAAUCAGUUGAGCAUCCUCCACAUACACUAAGUAGGUUGUUGCUCUUUUCUCAUCUUGGGAGUUUUGUAAGGAAAGUUGAAUUUCAUCCAGAAAUGUCCUCACUAGAGUUAUCAUCAAACUGGUGGUUAGAUUUCACACAUGGGUCCUGUGAAAUCGAAGGCAUGAUCAAAAUCCAAGCAAUAAGUGUUGAGGAAAAGGUAUUACGGAGCUUGGGUUGGAUUAAUGUAGACUUGCUUAACAAAGGGUGUGUGGGAACCAAUCCUUCGGAAUCAAAAGUCCAGAGAAUGUUUUAUGAAUUUGGAAUAUUUAGCACAAAGUAUGAGGUGGAGGAGAUGCCGAGAUGGUUUAAGUAUAGAAGCUUGAGGCCAUCAAUAUCAUUUACCAUUCCAUCAUCAUCUCCAAACAACCUUACUGGACUCUACGUCUAUGGAAAGUGUUGGGUGAUGUUAAGUCAUUGGAUGUUUCGGAUGAAUGAGAUGGAGGCUGGUGACCAUGUUACUAUUACUGUUAUAGCGCCAUAUGAUGAACUUGUAAAGGAGUGUGGGGUGAGUCUUGUGUAUGAGGAUGGAGAAGAAGAAGAAGAAGCAUUGGGUUAUUAUAAGUCAUGGAAUCAUAUAAUUGGUGGAGAUCUCUCUCAGUUUCAAACAACUACAGGACAAUACAUCCUACAGAACAGGCGGUUUUUUGAGUUUGCCAUCUAUUUCUUUCCCUAUCUUAAUAAAUUAAUUCCAGAUGACCCCAGAUAUCAAGGACAUAAGGCAUUGUGUUGGUUUAGAGCUUUUUCUCAAAGGAAUCCAGGCUUAAUUGGUAGCACACAUGUGGGUAAGGGGGAUUCUUCAAGAUCUCAUCCUUCACGUGAAACUGCUUGUGAAAGAGAGGUUUCAUUUCUAAAUUAA